AACAUGUCCAUUUCAAAUCUCGAUCAUUUGAGUUGAUCGGAUUUACCCAUAGCAUCUUCUUGGCAGUGCACAGUUUUUACCCAUCACUCAAGAGGCUAAAGUAGUUGACUUUUCUAUGUUUCAGGGCAAUUUGGACUACAGAGUGAGUUUCAGAUCUAUAGAAUUAAACCAUUUCUCAAAAACACCCAUACCACCUCAAAGAUUGAAUAAGAUCCACGUUUAAUCUGUAUCACUCCUAUUCGUAACAGCCUACAGAUAUAAAUGAUAUUCAAGAAGGAAGCUCUCUCUCUCUCUGCCUCCCCGCCCUAGCUCUGGGUACCAAGUUCAUCCCUUUACUAGCAGGAGAGCCUACUCUUUGGAACUUUGAUGCGUACUUAAGACCAGCUGAGACAUCCAGCCUAGUGGGCAGAGGAACUACUGGAGCCUUCAACUUCCCCUGCGUAGACGCCAUUGUUGGGCAAGAGGGACCACAGCUUGCGAGACAUUCUAAUAAAUCCACUUUCUACAUGCAUGGAGAGACUGAGUUUUACCCGUCCUGCUCCUGUAGAGAGCCUUGAAGAAUGCAGUUUCAUUUCUUUUUCUCCUGCCCGCUGAGGAAGAUAAGCUGGCUAACAAUAGUACUCAUAAAGACGGUCUUCCUGGCUCCAGGAUUCGCUAAGAAUUCAACUUACCCUGAACACUUCACUUUUUAAUAUUAUUAAUUUGUCAAGAGUUUGUCUCGAAUUCUGGAAGAAAACUUAAAGCGAUGGAGCCGUCAUCCUGUUUUCUGGUGGGAGACAUCUAUCAUUUUGUUGUCUUUUCUGGUCCCUGCAUCUCUCUCCCUGGCUCUCUGAAGAGCCUGUGGAAGUUCCUUCAGUUCACCUGACCUCACCGUGAAGCCACAGAACAAACAUCUCCUUUUGUGUCCUUAAAUCACUCUUUAAAGUUGUUAAUAUUCUGGGCACCCUUCCACCUCUGCCACAGGGAAUCACUCCAUGCCAUUGGAAACGGUUGCGCAGACCAGUCACGUUCAUUCAGGAGGAAGAAUCGUAAAAGCCUAAGGAGUGCGGGAAGAUAGCAGGACUAGCAAGAGGAGCCACUGGCAAGUGCUAUUGAAAUGCAAACCUUUGCAGGUCUGGGGUUCACUUGGGUCUGGGCUGGAAGGCAGUGUCAGAAACUUUUGUGCUGUUUCUUUAAGCACACUGCAACCAACUGGAGGUGCGCUUGUCACUCAGGCCUCACCAGCCAAUCAGGGACUCCACGCCGAACCGCCAGUCAGAAGCCGUUCAGGGUUCUUCCGGGAGCAUGGUCGCGAGCUUGGCUUUGCAGAGGAGCUGGUGCCAGUGUUUUCGCGUGCUGUGCUGUGAGCGCUGCUGCGAGGAGCUGUGAGGGGGCCGUCCGCAACAUGAACGCAGUAACCUAUGAUGAUGUGCAUGUUGACUUCACUUGGGAAGAGUGGACAUUGCUGGAUCCUUCCCAGAGGAAUCUCUACAAAGAUGUGAUGCUGGACACCUACAGGAACCUCACUGCCAUAGGAUACAGUUGGGAAGACCAUAAUAUUGAAGAACAUUGUCAAAGUUCUCAAAGACAUGGAAGGUAAUUAUCAUGUGCAAGCUGAUACGAACGUGCCUCUGAAGGGAUUCUAAUGUGUCCUGAAGUUGUAAACAGAAGCAACAGUGUAAAUAAACAUAAAUUCUCACAAAACCA